AUGACACGCGCACAGCAGACCCUUUCCGUUGCAUUGCUCGUCACGUCGCUCUACCUAGCCCUCUACCUAGGCCUGCUACCUCUGAACCAAACCAUCCAAGAGGAAAUCAUCCCACAUCUCCCGACAUACUUCCUUAUGGUCCUAGGUUCCUAUCUUCUCUUCAGGCUCGGCUGGGGAGUAUUCACAUUCAACGACGUUCCAGACGCAUAUAAAUCCCUACAAGAAGAAAUAAAUCAAGCAACCACCGAACUAAGGGCAAUGAACGUUGAUAUAGAUUAA